AUGGGCAAUAAAGCUCUUUGUUGUUCUACUUAAUCUGAACUGCAAUCGUAGAUGUGCAAAUUAGAUGGUCGACCUCAGGCGUAGAUAAUUUAAUAGACUGAUGUGAAUGGCUGCAGAGUUGUUUUGAGUUUGGGAAAACUAUUUAAUGAGCAGGUUGACAUCAUUGUGUUGGCAACAACUCAAAAAUUGAAACUGAAUAAUCAGGCAUCUGAGCACAUUAAAAAAUUCGGUAGUAAUUAAAUAUUGAAUGAAUUGCACCAAAUUCUUUUGAGCGAAGGAGGAAAAGUGUAAUUGGGAUCUGUAGUGCACACUCAUGCUGGCGAGAUGCCCUAUGAUUAUAUCUUCUUUGCUGUAUUGCCAAAUGCUACUGAUUCUUCGAUAAUAGUGUUGAAUGAGUCACUAGAAUAAGAGAUGAUAUCUUCGCUGGAGGAGAACUUCAGAGUAAACUCGUUUGCUGCUUAUGCUGAGAAGAAGAAACUAGAUUCGACAGAGUCUAGAGAAAUUUAGAUAGUUUAUGAGGCUGUGGUGAAUUGUUUAGAGAAAGCCACAGAACUGGGUGCGAAAUCAAUAGCCUUCUCUGUGAUGGAUCAGCAAAUCAUUCAGAUAGCAAGGAGCAAAUUGGCUUCAGUGAUGCUAUUUGCAAUCAAGAGUUUCUUGAGGGACCAUUGUGGCAAGACUUCCUUGGUGGAAAUAAGGAUUUCAUCAUGUGAAGCUCCGUCAUUCAAAAUUUAUCGAACCUACAUGAAUUAGAUUUUAAAUGAUUAGGGUGAAACUACGAUUGAGAAAUUAUUUCAAUAAGAAGAAUAAAUUUAUUAAUAGGAAUUCAAAAUUGACAGUUAGACUGAUAUCAAGAAAGACGAUAUUCGAAAAUUUUGCAAUGGAUGCAAGGACGGAGGUUCUUAAUAAAAGUAAUUUAAGAGUUCUUUUUGA